AAAACUUGACAAAUUGACCAACCCAGCUGUUUGUUUUCUUUUCCUGAAAAUUUUUUUGUAACCAACUAAAAUCCUUGAGAAAAGAAAAUUAUUUAAUGAAAAUUUACAAAUAAAUGCAUAAAAACCCAGUAAAUUUAUUGAUUUUCGAUAAUAAGUGCCGUUAAAGUUGCGAAUAAAGUGAAAACAUGUUGAAAAUCAAGUGAAAUGUGAGCAAAAGAAAAAAACGUGAAAUCACAGACAAAACGAAACUCUCUAUUGGAAGAAGAAAAACAAGCACACACGUUGCCACAGUGGCAGUAAUAAUAACGAAAACAAGACACACAGCCAGCCAGUCAGUCAAAAAGUGAAAAGGGUUUUUCUUGAUUCGAACCGUCCAACUGGGACCGUAUUGCGUUAAUUUGUACAAGACUCGAAUAGGAGAGGAAGCGACGAAUCGCAAAAUACCUCAUGCAAGAUGCAUCUCAAUCAUGCUACAGCUGUAAGUGCGGCCGCCAUGGUCAACUAUCAACACUAUGCACCGGCACAAAUAACGACAUCGCACGGCGUGACCACGUCUUCGGGUCAACAGCAAACAACAAUAUCUGCAGCUGGCCUGCAGCAAGCACCCUUUACGCUGCAUCAAUUAACAGCGGUACAAGCCAUACAACAUCCCACACACCAAGCCAUGCUACAUCCACAACACCCAUUGGUUCAUUUACUGGACAUUUCAACAACGGCGGCAGCUUCCUCAUCGCUUAACAAUAAUCCUGCACCCAUCACUCCGAUGCCAGUGACAAAAAUUGAAAUGCCCGAAGAGAUAGUCGAGCCGAUAAUCGACGAUCCACGCAAAAAGAAACAGUGCCACAUUUGUAAAAAUAAAUUUCGCCAGUUGACCACACUGCGAAAUCACAUGAAGAUACACACCGACGAAAGACCCUACAAGUGUAAACAUUGCGACAAGGCCUUUCGUCAGAUAUCAACACUUACGAAUCAUGUCAAGAUUCACACUGGCGAGAAACCAUUUAAAUGCAAUAUAUGUUCUAAGGACUUUCGACAACAAUCGACAUUAAUAAAUCAUAUUAAAACGCAUAAGGUUUUUGCUUCACUUGCAGAAUCGAAUCAAACGCCAGCAGCGAUACUAAACUAUCAGACGCAACAAACGCAGGGUACUUCACGCAAGGGUCACUCAAAAACGAUUGUACAUUCAGCAGCAGCUGCUGCUGCCCAAGCUCAACUAAUACAUCAACAACAGAUGCAACAGCAGCAGCAGCAGCAACAACAGCAACAAGGACAGGGUACAAUUGUAACGUAUACGCCACAGCAAAGGCAAAACAUAACGAAGAGCCUGUAUACGGGCAGUUACAAUUCACCGCAGGCCGAUGAGCUGGUCAAGCCGUAUCAGUGUAAAAUCUGUCAGAAACGUUUCCCACAAUUAAGUACCCUGCAUAAUCACGAACGUACGCAUAUUGAUCCAAAACCUUAUAAAUGCGAUACAUGCGAAAAGUCAUUUAGUCAAUUGGCAACAUUGGCAAAUCAUAAGAAGAUACAUUCGGGUGAUAAGCCCUACGCUUGUGCUUAUUGUUGCAUGACGUUCCGGCAACAGAGCACCCUAAACAAUCACAUGAAGACACAUGCCAAUCAAGUGGCCACCAUAACAACUAACUCUACAACAGCAGGCACAGGAGGGGGAGGAUCAGUUGUACAAGUAGGUAACCACCAUCAUCCCCACCACCAUCAGGCGGGCGGUAAUAACAUCCCUUUAGCUGCAGCUACCAUAAUGGUGACACCGACCGCUUCAGGACACCUACAAAUACAGCCACAAGUUGAACAUCAUCCCUUGUUACACUUUCUAGACAGCAAUACAACCGUCAGCACUCUGAGCACAAAGGAGCAGUUUGCAACGGUAAACAACAACAACACUACUAAUAAUAACCACAACAACACAACCACCACAAGUACUGGAGUUGUGCCCCACUGUUUGCGCAACAGUUGUCCAGAUCGUCCAUUUAUGUGCAGUGUCUGCCGUCGGACAUUCUCGCAACAGAGCACACUGACAAAUCACUUGAAGACCCAUACCGGUGAAAAGCCCUAUAAAUGUAAAAUAUGCGAGAGUCACUUCAGACAAUUGUCCACAUUAAAUAAUCAUAUGAAAAUACAUACGGGCGAGAAGCCCUAUGCUUGUUCCUAUUGUCCUAAGCAAUUUAGACAAAAAAGUACACUAACAAAUCAUGUACGUAUUCAUACUGGCUGAGGCAGAGUCGAAGGAGAAGAAUCAUACUAAAAACUUCUUUCAAUUUCACAGAAACACAAUAACAUCUCAUUCAAUCACACACUCAUCUAACUUCACGCAUACGCAUUACAUACAUAUGCAUAUGUAGUAGUACUACUAUACGCGUAUAGUGUACAAUUUGCGCUAAGGAGGAGGCAGGCGCGGGGGAUGGUUAUAAAUAAUCCUUGUUGCAGCAGUUGGAAAUCAUUUAAUUUUGUAAAUAUAUCAAUGAAAUUGUAUGUAAAUUAAAUAUUUAUACGUACUACAUACACAAACAUACGAACUUAUAUGCAUAUACAUACAUAUACUGGCUUUAAAUCAUGUAACAAAUUUAAAAUUUAAUUUUAAAAUCAUUUUCCAAUUGCAGUUAAUUCUAUAAGAAUUAAUUAACAAAAUUAAUCAUUUUAAUUGCGAUAAAUCAAAAACAAACUAAUUGUCACUUGUCACAAAUCAUAAACCCCCCUCUGGCCAAUAUCCUAUAAAACUCACAUCUAUACAUACAUCUUGCUAUACAUACUAAAUACAUCCUUAGAACAAAACCAACAACAAACGAUAAGAUAAGAAACAAAUUAUUAUCUUCUUAGUAAACUAGAAGUUACUGUUUUUCUUUAGAGAAUUUCUUAGAAAUUCGUUAAAACUAAAUUUUAGGCUUAGAAUUUUGAUGUUCGUUAAAACUAAAUCUCUUUCCUCUCCCUCAGAGACAAAACAAAAAAGUAAAAAACACACAAAAAAAAACUAACAAAAAAUCUAUCUAACUAGGGUAUACAAAAAGAAGCUUCUUCUUCUCUUUCAAAGACACAAACUGCUGUGCAGCCAUACUCUACAAACUACAUACAUACAUGGUUACAAAAAAACUCUUGGAGUUAAUUGAAAAAUUGCUCUCUUCUUGUGUAAUAAUAAAUUAAAAAAA